GCUGACCUUCCCGCGAAAACCCCACGCUUACACUUGCAACGCCUUCUUUCUUUACACCUUAAAUGCUUCACAUCGUUCACCAUUCCCCCUUCCCCCAGCAGCAGACUCCCGUAGCAAACAGCAAACGGCGACUUCUCGACAUGAUCAUGGUCAUGCGGGGGAGAGCAGCCGAGCAUUCCCAUCUUCUCAACUCGCCGAGCAGAUGACCCGUUCUUAUGAUCAAGGAGCUAAUGCGCCGCAGCCGGAGAUGGAGCCACGCGUGAGGGCAGGCGCCUCACGGAGGCACCCGAGCUACCGCGGCAUACGGUACCGGAGCGGCAAGUGGGUGUCGGAGAUCCGCGAGCCGCGAAAGUCCACCCGCAUCUGGCUCGGCACGUACACAACCGCGGAGAUGGCGGCCGUGGCCUACGACGUCGCAGCGCAUGCACUCCGCGGCACGGACGCCCAGCUGAACUUUCCGGACCAAAUUGCCUCGCGUCCGUCGCCGCUCUCGUCCUCUCCGACCCAUAUCCGUGUGGCGGCGGCGGAGGCUGCCGCUUCCCUGAUGCCGAGUUCCGGAGCGGGCGACGAAAGCGAUGGCGCUGCUGCCGCCGCCGCCGCCGCCGUCGCCACCGUUGCUUCGCAACAACAGCCAGGGAGUUAUAUAGAUGAGGAAGAGAUAUUCGACAUGCCGCAGUUGUUGGUGAACAUGGCGGAGGGGAUGCUCAUGAGCCCACCUAGGUUGAGUCCGCACGGUUCUGAUGACUCGCCGGAGGUUUCGGAGGGUGAGAGCUUGUGGAGCUAUCGUUAGGGAUAUGUUGGAUAGUACGAAGAGGGAGACUUCCAUUUUUAUCAGCAGCUAUUUUGCUAUUUGAGGAUAUCAUGCAAUACUAGCGUGUAGAUUUUGGUAUUAUGUAACUUGCUGGAGUUGGUAUAUACAAUAACCAGUUUAUAUUAUGCGUGAAAA